AUGUCGUACAGCCCCGAGCAACACGCAAUCCUGCUCAGUCUGGGUAUCGAGCAGCUGCCCGCUGUGCUGUGCUCGCCUCAAGACGAUGAGGUCGAGCUCGAGCUGGCACAGACAUUCACAGACACCCCGCCGAUCCGGAGAAUGCCAGUACCAGGCAAGCGGUGUCCCGACUGUCUGAACCGUGGGCAGGUAGUCUGGGUCAUUCCUGGCAAGAAGUGCCAGAAGUGCGGCAGAGAAGUCAACUGA